AUGGCUUCUAAUCUACUUGGACUUAGCCCGAAAGAAUCCGAUGCAGUCUCUGUUAAAGCUAGUUGUUUGUCGUUGUACAUUUCAGGAAUGACUUGUGCAUUUUGUGCCAGAACUAUUGAACGAGAAUUGCAAAAACAAGAAGGAAUUAUUGCUGUAUCAGUGGCUCUAUUAUCAUCAACAGGAAAUGUUAUUUACGAUACUAAUCGAUUGAAAGCUAUUCAAGUGCAAAGUCGAAUACAACAACUAGGUUUCACUGCCUCAAUAUUAUCAGAAGAUGAUCAGAAUAAAAGCCGCAUCGAAGUUAUGAUUGAAAAUUUAACAUCCACCACUUGCAUUGCUGAUCUCAAAUCCUCAUUGCAAAGAAUCCAAGGUGUUCAAACUGUAACAAUCGUCUAUCAAACUAAGCGCGCUAUCAUCAAAUUUGAUCCUAAUCUAGCUAAUAUUCAUCAGAUCGUUAAGAAAAUUCAGAAUCUUGGAUAUAAAACAAAUCUAAUCACGCAUGAUUCUAUGCAAAAUAACCUUCAGUGUGGGAAAGAUAUCCUAAGAUGGAAGACUGUAUUUAUAACUUCUAUAAUAUUUUCCAUACCUGUUGUGGUUGUCCUGAUCGCUUUCAAUCAAAAUAGACGAAAGCAAAUUAUUAUUUUUCCUGGUGUAUCAUUAAAGAACCUACUUUUACUCGUGCUGUGUACUCCUAUUCAGGUUCUUGGUAGUCUUCAAAUCUAUCCAGCCUCUUACCAUGCAAUAAAGUAUCGUACAGCAAAUAUGGAUCUAUUGGUGUUUAUAACAAUCACUAUUGCCUAUCUAUACUCAGUCAUUGCAAUGAUUGUUUCGGCAAUAGCUAAUCCACAAACUAGCCCAGACACAUUUCUUGAAAAUCCUCCAUUAAUCAUGACAUUGGUUUCACUAGGGCGAUGGAUAGAAAGUCUUGCAAAGAAUAAAGCACUAGAAUCUGCUAGACGAUUUCUUCCAUCGACAAGUACAGAAGCUUUACUGGUUGUUCUAGGAGCAAAUGGACAAAUUGAAAAAGAAGAAAUGAUCCCUACGGAUUUAAUGCAACGUGGAGACACAAUUAAGAUUUUACCAGCUACUCGAGUACUAGUUGAUGGAGUAGUCAUCGCUGGAUCAUCAACGGUUGACGAAUCAGUUAUUCUAGGGGAGACAACACCUGUUCAGAAGCAAAUUGGUGAUAAAGUAUUUAGUUUAUCUAUAAAUCAACAGAAUCCUCUUAUCAUUAGAGUGGAAGGAAUGGGUAUGAAUACCUUAGCAUCGCAAAUUGCUCGCUUAAUUUAUAAAGGACAAAGUUUAAAGGUUCCUAUCCAGCUAUUAACCCACAGUAUGGCUAAUUACUUUUUCUGCAUCAUUAUUUCUUUAUCUAUGAUCACACUGAUAUUAUGGAUCAUCAUCGGCUAUAGUAACGUCCAACUUAUAGAUUUUCAAUUUAAUCCAAAAUUCUACAACAUCCACGAAGUAACAUUGGAAUUUGCAUUUCGUACUGCUAUUGCUGUUCUUGCUGUUGCCUAUCCAUGCUCUUUAGGCUUAGCAACACCAAUAGCUUUGAUAAUCGGGAUUGGCAUUGCUUCAAGAAAUGGUAUUCUUAUUAAAGGAGAAAAGCCACUGGCUCGUGCAAAAGGGCUCACAACUGUUUUCCUAAAUAAAACUGGAACAAUUACAACAGGAAAAUGUAACGUAAAACUUGUGCACAGUUUUGUCGACGAAAGACAAUGUUCCAAGUCGAAACUAAUAGCCUUGGCAGGUGCUGCAGAAGCCUGUAGUGAACACUCCGUUGCAGUAGCUAUUAGCAAUUAUGCCAAAGAGUUUUUUCAAGUAGACGUUCUAGGCGAUGUUAGUGAUUUUCAGGAAAUGCAAGGCUUGGGGAUACAAUGCACCGUCACUGAUAUUGAUAACUUGCUAGAAAAUACAACUUAUGAAGCUAUAUCUACUGACUAUAAUAAUACAUUUUCUAUUUCAGAUAUACCCAUUAGCCCAAAUUCCAUCAAUAAAUCGUAUAAGCUAAUGCGUAUCGACAGUGUAAGAUCAUAUAGGGUUGUUAUUGGUAAUAGGCAGUGGAUGCAUCGAAAUUGCAUUUAUAUCGGUGAUGAUGUCAACGAUUCUAUGCUGAAAGAGGAGAGAAAUGGAAGAAGUGCUCUAUUGAUAGCAGUUAAUGAUUUAGCAAUUGGAAUGAUAUCUGUAGAAGAAAAGAUCAGAUACAAUGCACAAAAUGCCAUCGAUGCUAUGCGAAGAAUGGAUCUCGAUGUCAUCAUGUUUACCGGUGAUAAUCGUCAUACUGCAACAGCAGUAGCAAGUCAAGUUGGAAUUAAACAUUUAUUCGCUGAAACGACUAAAUCAAGCCAACUAGCCAUCUUACAAGCAAUGCAAAGGAAGGGUAAAGUUGUUGCUGCGCUCGGGAAUGAUUCAUCAGAUUCGUCUAUUUUAGCUAAUGCGGACAUCGGCAUUGCUAUUGGCAGUAAUGCACAUCUUAGUAUUGAUUCAGCGAGUAUUGAGAUUAUAAAGGAUAACUUGGUUAAUAUCGUAUUUGCAAUUAAAUUGGUUCGCUCAAUCAAUCGAAGAAUUCAUUUCAAUCUCGCUAUUGCCAUCAUGUUCAAUGUUGUCGGAAUCUGUCUAGCUGCUGGCAUUCUACAUCCUGUUGGGUUCACCCUCAGACCUUGGCAGGCGAAUGCUUGUGCGGUAUCAAUUUCUGUCCUAAUAAUUUUAUCUUCUCUUUCACUAAAAUGGUACGAAAUUUGUCCUUAUUAA